AUGGAGGACCAAAAAAUCCAAGAAGCGAGAGAAACUAUGGAUGUGAAGCAUUUGUGCAAAGUUCUUUACGAAAUUUCCACAUUACUGAACACGGGCUUAGACCGGGAGACACUUUCGUUAUGUUUAAAUUUAUGCGAAAAUGGUGUAAAUCCUGAAGCUUUGGCAGCCGUGAUAAAAGAACUUCGAAGGGAAAGUGCAUCGAUGAAGCUCUCUGAGACCAAUCCCGCCGUUACAGCCUCAGGGUCUAAUGGUAACACUGGCGGUGGCGGCAGUACAACAGCUUCGCUGUCGGGCGGUUAA